AUGGAGGCCACCAGGAGGCUCAUCCCCUUGACCCUUUUCAUUGUAUUAAGUUUGGCAGAGUUUAAUGUGAGCAAGUCUGAAGGCAAACCCAGCUGCACGGCCAGCCUGGGAGAUGCCAGCCAGUCUGAGAGCCACAAAGCCCUGGUCCUGCAGCUCAGUCCCAGUGAGAACUACCCCUGGAUGCUAGAAAGGCCAGACAAGAAGAACAUCCGAGUCAUCUUUUCCUAUGCUCAAGCUUGACCACAGCGGGGCUGUGAAAGUGAAAACGUUCACGUUUUUGAUGGGAACUCCACCCAGGGGUCCCUGCUGGGGAGAGCCUGCAGCAAAAAUGACUAUGUUCCUGUGUUUGAAUCAGCAUCCAGCACGCUGACGUUUCAACGACUCACCGAUGCAAGAAUCCCGAGAACCGUCUUCAAGACUCGAUUUUGAUUUACACCCCUGGUCACCCUUGCAUCCCUUGCAGCUAUUCCAGACUGUGGUGGGUACCUGGACACCCUCGAAGGCUCCUUUACCAGCCCCAACUACCCAGAGCCAUACCCUAAGAUGGCCUACUGGGUGUGGCACAUACAAGUGGAGGAAGGUUACAAGAUAAAAUUAAACUUCAAAGAGAUUUUCCUGGAAGUGGACGAACAAUGCAGAUUUGACUCUGUCGCUGUCUAUGAUGGAGCCUCCACCACCUGCGGCCUGAUUGGACAAGUGUGUGGCCAUGUGGUGCCCACUUUCGAGUCCUCAUCCAACUCAUUGACCGUCGUGCUAUCUACAGAUUAUGCCAACUCCUACCGGGGCUUCUCUGCCUCCUACUCUUCAAUUUAUGCAGAAAACGUCAACACGACUGCUUUAACUUGCACCUCUGACAAGAUGAGAGUUAUCAUAAGUAAAUCCUACCUGGAAUCAUUCAAAUACAAUGAGAAUAACUUACAGCUAAAUGACCCAACUUGCAGGCCCAAAGUAUCAAAUGUGGUGGAAUUUUCUUUUCCUCUUGAUGGAUGCGGUACAGUCAAAAAGGUAGAAGAUCAUUCAAUUACUUACACCAAUACAAUCACCCUCACUCCAUCCCCACCGUCGGAAGUGAUCCCCCGUCAGAGACACAUGCAGAUUGUCGCCAAGCGUGAGAUGCAGCACACCUCUGUCGCGGAGGUGAUGUACGUAACAGAAGACGACGUAAUACAAAAUCAGAACGUGCUGGGCAAAUACAACACCAGAAUGGCUUUUUUUGAAUCCAAUUCAUUUGAAAAGCCGAUAUUGGAGUUACCAUAUUAUGUGGAUUUGAAUAAAAAUCUUUUCGUUCAAGUCAGUCUACACACCUCAGACCCAAAGUUGGUAUUUCUUGACACCUGUAGGGCUUCGCCCACGCCUGACUUCGCAUCCACAACCUAUGACCUAAUCAAGAGCGGAUGUAAGCAAGAUGAAACUUGUGAGAUAUAGCCUUUAUCUGUGCACUAUGGAAGAUUCCAAUUUAAUGCGUUUAAAUUCCUGAGAAGACUGGGCUCCAUGUAUCUACAGUGCAAGGUGUUCAUAUGUGACAGCGGUGACCACCAGUCUCGCUGCAACCAAGGCUGUGUCUCCAGAAGGAAGCGAGACGUUUCUACAUACAAAUGGAAGGCAGAUGCCGUCAUAGGACCCAUUCGUCUGAAAAGGGAUCCAAGUGCAGGUGGAAAUUCCAGAUUCCAGAAUCAAAUGCACGGAGGAGACACUCGGAGCCAACCUUUCAGCCGUCUACGCCUGUCUUCGUCCGCGGUCCUUUCCCUGAAUGUUGUGGUCGUGGCCUUGGCCAUCGGGAGGCACUUUGUGAAUCAGAGAACAGGCUUCGAAUACCAGGAGCUGCAGGGCUAUUGA